GAAGUGCCUUCCAAUCACUCCUUAGCUUCUAGAGCUAAUGUAAGUGACUGGUAUCGUCAACAAUGCUUAACGACAGUGAGCUGGCAACGCUGAGAAAUCGCUUUAAGAAAAAUGCAGAGUUUCUUAUGCAAACGACGACGGAAGACGAAGAUGAAAAGAGUCAGAAGGAAAAAGAUGCCAAACCCCUCCCUCGCAUUAAUAAACAUUCAGUUUUCUGGAUCGUGGCAUCUAUAGCUGUGACGUACUAUGUGGAAUUCCCCCGCAAUAUUAUGGAAAAUGAUGAAAUUAAAAGUUGGUGGUUCAAUGUCGGUCUGGUACUGCUUGGGGUCUGCCUCUCUCUAGCCAUGUAUUGCAUCGUGUACCUGGAGUGGUUCAAAGGCAUCCAGAACUAUGACCAAGUGUACCCUGCCAUUCCUCCCAUCACCACUGCAGCAUUUCUUGCUGCGUCAGGCAGCUUUAACAUUGCAUUGUGGCCGGUGUGGUCGUUCUUCACCCCGCUCAUCCUCUUCACGCAGUUCAUGGGCGUCGUCAUGUUCAUCUCUUUGCUGGGAUGAAUGUGAAAGGUGGGGGACGGACCGAGCAAAACAGAACAGAGUGACGGGGCCUCAUCCGUGUGGAACACUCACCCCAAACACAUCCGCGACAGCACCAACGUUCAAGACCUUAAUCAAAACUCACCGAGCUACUGCUAAUGUGUCCACUUGAUUUGAGUGUUUAACAUGUUUUUGACUUGUUUUGUAUUUUGUUUAAAGCGCUCCAUAGAAAACAGACUUUAGUUUGUCUGUUGUGCUUAUCUUUAGAGAAAUUUUAUAUAUUUCAAACCGUGCUAGAAGACAGCAAAGGUGUUUGCUGAUACUCUGCACAAGUCUUUCUACAAUAAACCUUUAUAACUAGUUGAAAUGAA